AGCGCCCGCGACCACACUGCUCACAAUAAUAAUCGGUUGUAGUCUAUUAGUUAUCUUUCUCCACCGCUCGCUACAGUACCGUAGACUGGAUCUGAAAACCAAUGUAAUCCUGAAUCAUGGCUGCAAAAGAGGAUCUCUACAGCAAAAUCAUCCCGCGAAGACUUCGGCCGAAAGUACCUGGCACUGUGAAAUAUGGAUCGAAUUUGGACGUCCUCUUAUCGAUGGGUUUCCCCAAAACCAGGGCAUUGAAGGCACUAGUAUCAACAGGAGGCAGGAAUGUACAGGCAGCAUGUGACUGGCUGUUCUCCCAUGUGGAUGACCCCUUCCUGGAUGACCCGUUGCCCAGAGAGUACGUCCUGUACCUGCGCCCCAGCGGACCCCUGCAGAAUCAGCUCCAUCACUUCUGGCAGCAGUCCCGAGUCUCCUGCGGAAAGAACAAGGCCCACAACAUCUUCCCCCACAUCACACUCUGCCAGUUCUUCAUGUGUGCAGACAACAAGGUGGACGCCCUGUUGGAGGCCCUGCAGGCCACGGUGGCCCAAUGGAGGGGUCGUUUCCCUAGCCCCCUGCCCCUGGAGCUCUACACCUCCUUCAACUUCAUAGGCCUCUUUGUUGAGGAGCAGAUCGCAGAGGUCCUCAAGCAGUUUGCUGCUGACUUUGCUUCCGAGGCUGCCAGAAAUGCUGAUGUCCAUUUAGAGCCCCAUAAGAAGCAGCUCCAUGUGACGUUAGCCUACCACUUCCCCACCAGUCACCUGACCUCCCUGGAAAAGCUGGCUAAGGGAAUCGAGGUGAAGCUAGGCUGUGAUUGGCUGGCUGUCCUUUUUUCCCGGGACAUACGGUUUGCCAAUCAUGAGACGCUGCGUGUGAUGUAUCCCUACGCCCCUCAGAAUGAGGACGAGCUGGAGCUGGUCCCGGGCGACUUUGUCUUCAUGUCUCCCUUGGAGCAGAACAACACUAGCGAGGGCUGGGUCUACGGGUCCUCCCUGGCCACGGGGCUGUCCGGCCUAUUGCCUGAGAACUACGUCAGCCGGGCAGAUGAGUGUGACACCUGGGUCUUCCACCGAUCACACUCCUUCUUCAGUUGCUCCGCCUCCUCGGACAAAGUGAGCAGGGAAAGGGGCCUAUUCGAUGGGCUGCUGGACAGCCGUCUCCUCGACAACACAAGCCCUGGGGACACACCCACCUUGAGCCUCAUCUGUCAUCCCAUGCAGGUGCUUCGGGUCAGCAGCAAUCACUCUCGGCUGCCCAAGCGGACCCUGUUUGUCUGUCGGCACGGUGAGCGGAUGGAUGUGGUGUUUGGGAAACACUGGCUUUCACUGUGCUCUGACUCCAAAGGUAGAUAUGUGCGCACUAACCUGAACAUGCCAGUCAGCCUGCCCAUGUGGAGUGGAGGACACAGAGAUUACAACAUGGACACCCCCAUCACUGUGUUUGGUUCCACACAAGCACGAAUAGUGGGCGAGGCGUUGUUGGAGAGCAACACAGUGAUAGACUUUGUGUACUGUUCGCCCUCUCUGCGCUGUGUCCAGACUGCUCAGAACAUCCUCAAAGGUCUGCAGCAGGAUGGCAAGCUGAAGAUCAGAGUGGAGCCAGGGCUAUUCGAGUGGACCAAGUGGGUCUCUGGGAGCUCUCUUCCUGCCUGGAUCCCUCCCACAGACCUGGCUGCAUCCCACUUCACUGUUGACACAACAUACAGACCUCUCAUACCGAUAACCAAACUUAGCGUGUCGGAGUCCUAUGACACGUACAUGAGCCGGAGCUACCAAGUGACCAAAGACAUUCUGUCUGACUGCAAAAACAUGGGAAACAACAUACUGAUUGUUGCCCACGCUUCCUCUCUGGAGGCCUGCACCCGACAGCUCCAGGGCCGCAGCCCCCAGACCUCCAAGGACUUCAUCCAAGUAGUCAGGAAGAUCCCCUACCUGGGUUUCUGUUCCUGCGAGGAGCAGGGCGACACAGGAGUCUGGCAGCUAGUGGACCCGCCCAUCCUGCCCCUCACACAUGGACCCAACCACAGCUUCAACUGGAAGGAGACCCUCCUUCAGGAAUGACAUCCGCUUCCCUGGAGAGCAGACUUGCUCAGCCCCAUCCCGAGGCUUAAGUUUCUACUCAAAUAACAGGGAGAGACCCCACCAGAGUCAAUGGGUGGUUGGACCUGGAUGUACUGUACUGUACGUACUGUCAUUUGACAGUAUUGUUGACAUUUGUCAUUUGACAGUAUUGUUGACAUUUCUAAUUUGACAGUAUUGUUGACAUUUCUAAUUUGACAGUAUUGUUGUUAGUGAGAGCAGAGAGAGAAGAGAGUGAAGUUGGAGAGGGCAGGAUUACUGUAAGUCUCGGGGCCUGGUUGAUUGUGGAGGCUAUCACUCAGCUGGCUACAGCAAGCACAUGGGCCAUUACAUAUGACACCGAGUCAACAGCGUCCCAGAAGGGAGUCAUAAGGUUGAGAACAUUGACCUAAAAAAAAUGAGCAUAAUUGUUUGUGUUUGGAAAAGCAAUUGCAUUCCUUGUCCCGCUUGCAGAUUAACUGUUGGCGAGGGCAAAUGUUAUCCUCAAAAGCCCUUGACUGUAGCCGCAAGUCAUCUCACAGAUGUCUCUCAUUGUGGAAUCUGUGUUUCUGUGUGUAUAAAGUUGAUCUCAUUGGGGGGAAAAAACCUGCUAAACUUAAUCCAUGCUCUCUUGAAUACUGUACGUACAACCACUUAUUCAUCCAUUUAAACGGAUUGCAGUGUGGUCAGUACGAUGUCUUUUAUGGUCACGUUGAAUGCUGGUUGUAGAAAAACUUUGUGUUAACGUAGUAACCAGAAAAAUACGCCUUUGCCUGGUUGUAAUGUGUUAUGUGACAAGAUAACAACCAACAUAUGACAUAUUUACUAUGACAUUUUGAGCUCGUCAUAAAAAAUACAUCUUUAUGUGGUUGUAACCGAGACUAGUUGGAAAUCUGGUUUUAUAUGACUUCUUCACAACCAGAAAACUGGUUUACAACUAGUUUGCAACCAGAAAAUGACGUCAUUAAGACAACAUGUGUCAAAAUGUUUUUCACUGGGUGGCUUGUCACCCGGUUUGGUUGAAACAGUCUCGAUGGCACAAAGUGCACUAUUGACAAUCACAGGUGAGCCUUGGUGAGGCCGGUCGAAUAACCAGUAGUUAGGAACUUGUAUGUGUUUGUUUUACAUCAUGUAAGGUCUUAUGGCAGAAUAGUUGUUGACCACUGCACUAGAAAACAUCUUUCAGUCUUCCAGUUGUGAAAUAUCAUAUGCAAAAGACCUGUCCCAUGGUAGGGAAAUACAUGUUUUUCUCAGGUGUAGAUUUCAUUGUGACUUUUUACAGUAUGUGCAUUUCAUUGGGCCAUGAAAUUUGUUGAGUGCCUCUUAAGAUUGAACCUGAUUUCUCUUGAUGUCUCAGUGAUGUCAGAGAUAUGUUCUCUGCUCAUUGAGUCAGCUUUUGUUUAGCCUCAUCUAAAUCUAUCUGAUCUAAUCUUUCUGCAAAUAUUGAUUAUUAAGGAGGCUCUUAAACAAUGCUCUCAUGCUGUUCUUCCAUUGAUACAUGCAAGUACGAUACUUACAAGUACAAUUACAAAUUUGUGAUAAAGGUGUCAGUGAGGAACAAAGCAAGCCUACAUGCACUGUUGAGGAAACCCAGGAAAUCUAAAAACUGAGGAGGAAGCCAUCUCUGUCAAUUUGUGUUAAUUUAUUUUCUCCAAUAUUAUAUUUCCAAAUGUAUAUAUACUUUAAUUUAAGAAAUACACUUUUCACCAAAAUGCUUUGGUUUAGAGGACUAGUGGGCUAAGAUGUGCAAAAGAUUGAAAUGAAAACAAACUGAUUGAAGGAGGAGAUGAUACAGUAUUCCCUGUAUAUUCAGAUAUGAGCAUCUCUGAGGUGGGUUCUUUAUUUGGUUUCAAAUUUUGUUUCCAAUACCCCCCUAUAUGAUACUGACAGUAUCACUUUUUCAGAUAUGUAGAAGUUACAUAUCAAAUAAAAACCCUGGUUAUUUAGUUUUGUUUGGAUAUCUUUUUGGGGGGGGGGGGGACAAUUCCUUCAACAGUUUGUUCAAUGCGUAGUAUUAUGGUUUAGCCACUAGGUGUAAGUGUAAGCCCUUUGGAGUUGACUACAUACAGUAUCUAUCUUAGCAGAGGCGUCAUGCCCAUAUGGGGCACAAGGGCACGUGCCCCCUCAGGUUUGUCUUUUUUUGUUUCAGAUGUUAAAUUAAUUACUAAACUUAAUUUUUAAGUCCAUGUUUUAACAUAAUUAUUUAUAAAAAUGAUCUGUCAGCUGUAUUUUGUGGAGGGGGUACACUUUCUGGACCAGGCAAAGAGUACCCCCCCCCCACCCACAUAUAAUUGAACAGGUAAAGAGGUAUGCUUAGAUAACCUAUGCAGGAAAAUAGACAUCUUUUUACAUAGAAUUAGGCAUAAUGAUUAUGGAUCUAGAUUGCAGGAAAAAUAUGUUUCAGGUGUUUGCAAAAUUCUCCAUUAUUACAUACUUUGUGCCCCUUUUAAAAUAAUAGGUGCAUGACAUCCCUGCCUGAAGUGAUUUAAAAACAAAGUAAUCCUUAGAAGGGAUGCUGGAAGUAGACAUAAAUAACAAACUGAAAGGAAUAAGAUACUGUGAUAUUGUGUCAAAUAAAUUAAAAAUCCAUUCUUUUGAGCUUUUGGUGGGAUGGAUUUUUGGCCUGCCAGGUGACAUCAAGAGGAGGUACAUUAGAUCUAUAAAAAAGAGAGUUCCAAACCUCUCUGACAAUAACAGCUAGUUUUCACUUUUCCCCUCCCCACUCAGACCAAUCCCAGACAGUCCUAGCUAAAUUCUUGUUUGAGAAAGUGCUCUUUGCCAAGCAGUUUCUUUUUGACCGUUUUAAUUGAAAACAAUCACAUUAAGGUAUUUAAUUGUUACCCAGAAAUUAUAUGAUACUAGGAUUUAAAAAAAGCUGUGUUAGACCUUUAAAGGGAUACUUCAGGAUUUUGGCCAUUUGUAUGUCUCUGUCCAGUAUAAGGGAAGUUAGAGGUAGUUUUGUGAGACAAUGCUAACUAGCGAAGCGCAAUGACUGGAAGUCUAUGUACCCAUAGACUUCCAGUCAUUGCUCUAACGCUAGUUAGCAACUUCCUUCAAACUGCACACAGGGACAUACUAAUGGUAUCCACAAAUUAAUCUGACUCUGAGGAAGUAGAUAAAGGGCCUCAUUGCUAAAAUCCUGACGUACCUCUUUAAGUCAGGUUAAGCAACCCAAGCCGGGUUAAACCAGAAUGAGCUCUGCCGUCAGUCUGAUUUAGCAGGCAAACGUGACCAUAUCACACCCGAUUAUGCAUUUAUGUCGUCAGCACCACUGAUAAUGUACCUAGCAACACACGUAAUCAUGCAUACAAGUAGGCUAUACAGGCCCACAGUGGAGCUGUCAUAAUACCCAUAAAACCUAGCGGUCAAAAAGGGAAAUGGUUGUAAUAAUUUUUCCACCAUUCAUUUUUCCCAUAUGGAAUUUUAGAAACACUUAAAAUGUUUGGCUUAAAUGUGUAGGCUUAUCCUGGCGUGACGUUUUGAUAACCAUGUAAAUCUCUCUCGGACAAGACUUUUAUCAAUAUAUUCGGCUGUAUUUAAUAUCAGAAUUGAAAAUGCUAAUUAGCAUCAAAGAAGACAUCAUGCAAGACUACAAAUCCCUGCAAGCUCCUGCACGUCAUCUCUAGCUAGAGAUUCACAUGGUUCUCAAAAUGUCACGCCAGGGUAAGCCUACACGAAAUACAGCCCUUAUUUGAAGUGUUAAUAAAAUACCCAAUGGGAAUGGUGGAAAUACGAUUGGAACCAUUUCCUCAUCCCGUGGUACUCUAUGGUACGACUACAAAUCUGACAACCAACUCAUACCUCUGAUUAUGUGCAUAAAACUUCCAUGAGAGUCAAUUGUGUAUCAAUCAUCUUGUUUAAUUUUUUGGGAAACAAACAGCAUCCUUCUAUCAAUAGCAUCUUUCUCACUUGUUGAGUCCUUAUCUCUGUAUAAUUAGAGACCCAAAUGCAACAUUUAUUUAGGUUACAUUAGGUUAUUGUUGCACAGACUUCCAAUUAUAUUUUGUGGCCUGCUCACCCCUAUUUACUCCAGCGUAUAAAUACACCUGGGGCUUUGGGGAUCUGGUUUCAGACACUGUUUAUCCGAGCUGGGGAUAUUCGAUCUCUGCCACUCUUGUCCUGAUUUAACCUGAACUCUCCUUUAAUAAGCCAGUCCUCCCCCAUCCCCAACAGAACUCUGAUUUGGAGGCCAAAUUAAACGUAUUAGUUAGAUUUUUUUGUAUGUGCUAUGAUUGCCCUCUUCUAAAAUACCUAAAGUAGACUAGGAAAUGAGAGAAGUGAUGCAUUGACCCACUUGGAUGUAAACAGGACUUUUUAUUACCUAGGGCUAAAAUCUCCACUUAGGAAAGCAUCAUCUACUACUGCAAUGCAGAAAAACUCAGCAACCAUCUUUAAACAAACACGUUUCUAUUAAAUCUCCCAGGCAGAUGCUUAUUGAUGCAUGAAAAAAUGAUUUGCUGAAUAUACAACUUUGUUGAAAACCUCUGCAUAGAAAUAGGUCAUCAACAAAACAUUUUAUUGAGGAAUUUGAUAUCAAGGUAGAUAUCAGUUAGAUAUACUCAGGUAGAUAUUCAACAUAAAUGUACAAUUCAAUUAAGAAUUUUGUCGAACAACUUGAUGUAAGGACAUUUCGUGUUUUGUGUCCUAAUCUUCCUGUCAAAACAAGAGUGAUGUUUUACCUUUGACAUAAUGUCUCAAAGUCUUUCAGUGUUUAAUCUAUUCCCCAUCUACAGUAGUAUAGAGAGCCGGGGUGUCUGGGUCGCAUGUUCCCCUCCUUUGUUUCCCCUCAAAUUGAAGACCAGCACUUUUAUGUCUAUCUAUUAAUUGUUUUGGGUUUGCAAUGACUUUUUAUUAGAAAUUGUGUCUUUUUAGUUUAUUAAGAUUGAACUUGCUUUGCUGUGCUGUGCUUCCAUUUUUGUUGUUCUCUACUUGAUUUAUCGUAGACUCCUGCCCCUUGUCUGGUCACCUUGGAGACGGGAGUUGGUCAAGGUCUGCCACAACUGUGCCUGUUGACUAACAAGCUACCUGAGCUACUUAAAAUUGCGCUUUUAGUCCACUCUAGGCCUGCUGCUGGAGGGGGAAGUCCCCACCAACACAAACACCACCACCACCUUCCCCCAGCUGCCGCCUACCUGGAACCAGAGGGAGACCUGAGUUGACUAUGCUGUCUAGCAUGCAGUUAAGGGACAGUCGACCCCUACACCUGUGUGAGUGUGGUAUGUCUGUCUCACAUCAUUGUCAGUGUCCAGCCUCUGUUGCAGAUUAGAGUUUUCCUUAAAUUAAAUUAAAUCACAUUUUAUUGGUCACAUACACGUGUUUAGCAGAUGUUAUUGUGGGUGUAGCGAAAUGCUUGUGUUUCUAGAUCCAACAGUGCAGUAAUAUCUAACAAGUAAUAUCUAACAAUUUCACAACAAUACACACAAUAUACACACAUCCAAAGUAAAGGAAUGAAAUUAAGAAUAUAUAAAUAUUUGCACGAGCAAUGUCUGAACGGCAUAGACUACUAAAAUACAGUAGAAUAUAAUAGAAUACAGUAUAUAGAUAUGAGAUGAGUAAUACAAAAUAUAUAAACAUGAUUAAAGUGGCCAGUGUUCCAUUAUUAAAGUGCCCAGUGAUUUCAGGUCUAUGUAUAUAGCGUAGCAGCCUCUAGGGUGCUACUGAUGGCUGUUUAACAGUCUGAUGGCCUUGAGAUACAAGCUGUUUUUCAGUCUCUCGGUCCCAGCUUUGAUGCACCUGUACUGACCUCGCCUUCUGGGUGAUAGCGGGGUGAACAGGCAGUGGUGGUUGUUGUCCUUAAUGAUCUUUUUGGCCUUCCUGUGACAUUGGGUGCUGUAGGUGUCCUGGAGGGAAGGUAGUUUGCCCCCGGUGAUGGGUUGGAGAGUCCUGCGGGUUCCGUAUUAUUCUGAAGGCAGCUCUGACUUGAGGACAGAAACAAAUGUGAUUAGUUAAUUUUAGGAAACAAAUGUGAUUAGUUAAUUUUAGGAAACAAAUGUGAUUCGUUCAGUUUAGGGUUAUGGGUUGAAGUUCGGUUAGAAAACAAAAUUGCACUAUGUUGAACAAGGAAAACUUCACUCAACACCUCUGUAGUGAACUCAUAGACAGGUUGUUUUCUCUGGAUAGAUGCUGGCUUUGGUAUCAGUGUACAACCAGUUACAGGGGCCCACCAGGGGUUCAAUCUCCACAAACUCAGCCUGGAAGAGCAGACCUGUGCUGCCUCUGAAGAAUGAUGUUUUUGCAUGUUUCUAGUAAUGCCAAUGUUUACAGUACAUGGGCCGUCAUUGAAAAUAAGAAUUUGUUCUUAACUGACUUGCCUAGUUAAAUAAAGUUAAAAUGUCGACUUCUAGGGAGUUUUUCCUAGCCACCGUGCUUCUACACCUGCAUUGCUUGCUGUUUGGGGUUUUAGGCUGGGUUUCUGUACAGCACUUUGAGAUAUCAGCUGAUGUACGAAGGGCUAUAUAAAUACAUUUGAUUUGAUUUGACUUUGAAAAAACUCCUAUCCCCACUGGAUUGGGUUGUGUCGGUAUCAUUUCCCAAGCUCUUCCAUUGAUCGUGUUUAUCCUCUGUGAUUGCUAUAUUCCAGUCUCUCGUUAGUCUGAUGUUGAUUCAUUUGUUUAGCCUUUUGUUUAAUGCCAAGCUCUAAACCACACCAAUUCCUCACGGAUGUCUGAGGGACCCAAAUAAAUGCCUCACUGUUUAUCUUC